UCCCAGGAAGCCGAGCCGGCACGCCGGCGCGCGCGUGCGCUCUGGCACCACUUGGGUUUGACCUACAGCCGCCCGGGAAAGAUGGCUGCCCCAGCAAUGUCCGGGCUGUCCCGACAGGUGCGGAGCUUCAGUACAUCUGUGGCCAGGCCCUUCUCCAAGCUCGUGAGGCCGCCUGUUCAGAUCUAUGGCAUCGAAGGCCGCUAUGCCACUGCCCUUUACUCUGCGGCAUCGAAACAGAAUAAGCUGGAGCAAGUGGAGAAGGAGCUGCUGCGAGUGGGGCAACUCCUGAAGGAUCCCAAGGUGUCUCUUGCUGUCCUGAAUCCCUACAUCAAACGCUCCAUCAAAGUGAAAAGCCUGAAGGACAUCACAGCCAAGGAGAGUUUCUCUCCCCUGACGGCCAACCUCAUGCAUGUGCUUGCUGAAAACGGUCGUCUCAGCAACACCCAGGGAGUCAUCUCGGCCUUUUCCACCAUCAUGAGUGUUCACCGUGGAGAAGUGCCGUGCACAGUGACCACAGCGUCUCCUCUAAACGAAGCUGUUCUCUCCGAGUUAAAGACGGUGCUGAAGAGCUUCCUGGGUCCAAAGCAGAUCCUGAAGUUGGAGGUUAAGACUGACCCGUCCAUCAUGGGUGGGAUGAUUGUCCGAAUCGGGGAGAAGUAUGUCGAUAUGUCCGCAAAGACCAAGAUCCAGAAGCUCAGCCAGGCCAUGCGGGAGAUGCUCUGAGAGGCCGUCGCCUGCGCGAGCUCUCAUCCUCAGAGCAACAAUAAAAUGCUUCCUGAACAGAG